UGUCUUCGCGGUCAAGCGAUACACCCAGAAAGCCACGUGAAGUAAUUCGUCAAUUUCGGCUCGAUGACCGUGGUCGCGAGGGUGCGCUAUAUUUUUCCCACUAGGAAAAGUCAAAAUUCAAAAGUGACGAAUGACAAUAAUAUUAUGUAAUUUUAAAUCCUUUGAUUUUCCGUAAAAUACAGUAUCGCCAUCGAUAGUAUUUUCCGACAUAUACAGUAUCGCCGUCGAUAGUAUAUUCCGACCGAGCAUGGUUCGUUAUCACUGAAUUGAUUAAAAUAUACCGAGAUAACAUUCAAAAAGAAAGCCCAAAUCCCCAAAACCAACUUGCACGUUCUCCUUUCGCCUGGAUUCCGACAUGAAUAUUUAAAUAAUAAAUCCCUAGUAUUAUUUUAUGUUAUUAUAAUUUGUAAAUCGCAAUAAAAUAUUGUAUUUUUUGUACGCGUCACAAAUCGUCAACUACUAAAUAAUGUUUCCCCACUAGCAGUGGAGAUAGAAUUAUUUUGAUCAUUAUUUUCGUUUUUGAAUCGUUCACAUGAAGCGUUUUCAAUAUUUACUUUGGUUCGCUCACGAGCAUGUGUCUUUUCGGUUACAUGAGAUUGAAGCUAUUGCGUCUGUACUGAAAAUACCUAUAAAAUGGAUUGAACCUCCAUCCGAUAAACCAUGGUAUCUGGUUGAGCUACCAUCAGAAGAGGCGGUACAAAAAUUGUCAGCUCGUUCAGUAACUAUGAGACGUGCUAUACAUUUAUGGGCUGAUGAACCAACUGUGCCAAGACUCCAUGCGUCAUUAAAAGAAAAAUGUUUAAAUGGUUUACUUGAACCAUAUAAACUAAAAUCAUUCAAAGUAGAUGUAGAUUUAUUUUGUAAUUCACAAACACAGGAAGAAAAACUUGAACGCAUAGAAUCGUUCAGUUAUAUGCCAUUUCAAGGACACGUGGAUCUUAAAAAUCCAGAUGUUACGUUUCAAUAUAUUGAGUACUAUGGUUUAGAUCCAAAAAUUGUGCCAGCAAAUCCUACUCGUACAUUUUUCGGCCGAGUAGUGUCUGAAAGUGGACGACCAUUAAUACAUGAAUUAUCAUUAAAAAAACGUACAUUUAUUGGCAAUACUAGUAUGGAUCCACAGCUUUCUUUAUUAAUGGCAAAUUUAGGAAAAGUUUCUAAUGGUGAUUUAGUAUUGGAUCCAUUUGUUGGAAGUGGUUCAUUGUUAGUUGCUGCUGCAAAAUUUGGUGGCCAUGUAAUUGGAACAGAUAUUGACUUCUUAAUGCUUCAUGGGCGUACAAGGCCUACAAGAAAACAGACAAGACAUAUAGCUAGAAAAGAUGAAAGUAUUGAAGCCAAUAUGGUGCAAUAUUCUUGUGUUGACAAAUAUAUUGAUGUAAUUGUUGCUGAUUCAGCUUUACCGUUUUGGCGCAGUGAUGUAGAAUUUGACUGUAUCUUAGCAGAUCCUCCAUAUGGUAUUAGAGAACCAACUGAACGAAUAGGCUCUAAAGAAUCUUUACCUAUUAUUAAGAAGGAAGGAUCUCCUGUACAUUUCCCAUCCAAAAUAGAAUAUGGAUUAAAUGAGAUCAUCAAAGAUCUUAUGUGGUUUUCUUCCAAACAUCUUAAGUUACAUGGAAGAUUGUUAUUUUGGGUACCAGUAUUUCGACAAGAUUACAAUGAUGCACAGAUGGCUAGACAUAGUUGUUUUAAAUUAAUAGGAAACUGUGAACAGGUGUUGACGACAUUCACAGCUAGGCGGCUUUUGGUUUAUGAAAAAAUUAAAAUGCCUCAAGAUACUGAUGAAUGUAGUUCUGCAAUACCAGCUGCUAGUACUUUUAGAGAAAAAUAUUUUACUCAUGGUGAUGAAAAUCGUCUAACAAGAAAGCAAAAAAAAGCAGAGGCAGCUAAGAACAAAGAAAUUUGGUUUGCAAAAUUAAAUAAUGUUAAUGUGAAAUAAGACCAAAUUGUAAGCUCAGCAAUCAAUAAAUAAAGAUUAACAUAAGUAAAUAA